AGAGAAACAGCUGGGAGGAACUGGAACGGGGACGCAAGUGAGGAGGAUGAGGCCAGCAGGAGGGUAAAUGGCCACUUCCACCUCCCCGGAGACAAAGUCAGCCUCAUGGUGGAAUUACUUCUUCCUUUACGAUGGUUCCAAGGUGAAGGGAGAAGGAGAUCCAACCAGAGCUGGCAUCUGCUAUUUUUAUCCCUCGCAGACGCUGCUGGACCAGCAGGAGCUGCUCUGUGGGCAGAUCGCCGGCGUCGUGCGCUGCGUCUCUGACAUCUCUGGUGCUCCCCCCACACUCGUCCGUCUGCGGAAGCUCAAGUUUGCCAUCAAGCUUCACGGAGACUACCUCUGGGCACUGGGCUGUGCUGUGGAGCUGCCCGACGUCAGCUGCAGGCGGCUUCUGGACCAGCUCAUUGGCUUCUUCCAUUUCUACACUGGCCCCGUGUCCCUGGCUUACAAGAGCCAUUCACAGGAAGCACUGGCAGGCCAAUGGGACACCUUCAUUGAGCUGAUCCUGAAAAACACCACUGAGCUGCAUAAGAUAUUCAAUGCCCUCUGGAACCUGGACCGGACGAAGGUGGAGCCCCUGCUCUUGCUGAAGGCAGCCCUCAUCCUGCAAACGUGCCAGCGCUCGCCUCACGUCCUGGCCGGCUGCAUCUUCUACAGGGGGCUGAUUGUGAGCACGCAGCUCCCGCCCUCCCUCACUGCCAAGGUCCUGCUUCAGCGACCCGCACCUCAGAACCAGGGCCUGCUUGCAGGAGGGGCCGCCCUGCAGGAGACGGGAGAGGUGCUUCCCCAAAAUGUCCAGAUCAUUCCUGUUUUCUUGACGGAAGAGGAGGCCAUGAGCCUCCGUGAGCUCCCGGUGCAGCGUGUGACUAGCUCUCCCGUGUCUCCAGCUGGACUCCAGGACGACGUUGCCCCAAGAGAAAAUGCCCUCAGGCUUGUGGCAUCCACGACUCGGACAUUGGCCACCACACCAGAGUCCACGUUCCUUGAGAGAGCAUGGCCGCAGGGCAAGGGGAAGAACGGAUGCCUGACUGACCGAGAGCUGGACGCUGGGCCCAUGGGACUACACAGGACUGCCUGGGGCCUUGGUCCUGGCCUCAGCAGCCCUCUGCAAUGGGAGACAGGCUCUACCCAGGGAGAGCUGGACUUGUCAGAAGUGCACAUUCCAGAAGCGCCGCUGGACCAUUGUCCCUUCCCACCUUCAUGUGGCCCAGGUGGCAGAGGUGCUUGCUGCAAGGAAUCUGUCAGUGCCAACAGCAGCCAGGCACCUGUGCCACGCGAGGAUACAGCUUCCAGCAACCCACCACCUGCACUGCCCACAGACACGGCCACCAGCAGUGUGUCACUCGAGGACACGGCCACCAGCAGCCACCUCUCCUCCUCCCGUCCCAAGAGACUCACCCAGAGUGGAGCCCUAGGGCACCACGCAGACCUCCCCAGUGCCCGCAGCACAGCCCCGCUCCCCAGAAUGGCCAGCAACCUGAAGGCGCUGCCUCGCUUGGCCCCAGGGCAGAGGGGAGGCCUGUGUUCUGGGGCACGUCACGGUGCUGAGCAGCGUGCCACCGGGGAUCCUGAGAACCACGUGUCUCCAAACUGCACGUGUGGCUCCGACUGGCCAGGCUCGCAGGACCAUGGCCCCUCCGCAGACAGCAGCGACUCCAUGCUGAGCCCAGCAGGGCCCUGCGUGGGCCUCGUGCGCAUGAAGCUGUACACGCACAGUGUUAAGGGGCUGGUGCUGUCCCUGCUGGCCGAGGAGCCACUGCUGGGAGACAGUGAAACCAUCCAGGAAGUGUACCACAGCAGCCUGGCGUCCCUUAAUGGGCUGGAAGUCCACCUGAAGGAGACACUGCCCGUUGACGAGGCCGGUCCCCCCAGCAACGCCUACAACUUCACACAUUAUGACCGCGUUCAGAGCCUGCUGACGGCAAACCUGCCGCAGGUGGCCGACCCCCAGGAUCGCCGCUUCCUGCAGACUGUCAGCCUAAUGCAUUCCGACUUUGCCCGGCUGCCCUCGCUCUACGAGGUGACCAUCAGCUCCUGACAACAAACUCGGAGUGGUCAGAAGUCCAUGAAGUGACUCGUGUUCCUCCUGUCCCCACCAUGCCCCGGGAAGGGAGCACUUCCAGGUUGCCUCAGGUGCUCUGCGGUUGGUUCUUGGGUCUCGUGUUCUGAUUUUUCCAUUUCAGCCGGUUGUGCACCGCGCUGGUUUCCGCUUGGCUUUUCUCAGUGGUUACCACGUGGAAGGUGUACACCGGGAUGCGCGCGACCUCUGCACACGCGCUCAGUGCGUCUUGCUUACAUUCCCGUCCUCACGCCGCCACCUGCCCACUUUGUGCUGCCUGGCACCGUCCUGGUGUGUGCUGCGUGUGGCUGUGACUUGGGUGAUUUACAUCUGAAGUCACCGGCUUGGGACCUGGGUGCGUUGGGAGGCUGUUCUGUGAGAGGUGACACCAAGGGACAUUUGCUCCACCAGCCACUGCAUGGCUGUGGCACUUCACCUCCCCUGGAGCCAAGGAGGCUUAAUGUUGGGGUGCAGACCCCUGAGGUUAGUUCUGCAGUAAUGGAGGCACAGCUGCUACAUCUUAACCCUCACCGCGAGUUAAUAAAGUUACGUGAUCUGGGCAAAGUGGUGCACGCCUGUAAUCCCAGCUGCUCAGGAGGCAGAGAUCAGGAGGAUCAAGGUUCAAAGCCAGCCCGGACAGAUAGUUCGCAAGAUCAACCCAUCACAAAAAAGGACUGGUGGAAUGGCUCAAGGUGUAGGCCCUGAGUUCAAACCCCAGUACCGCAAAAAAACAAACUCUCACACAUACUUAAAAGCACCCUCAAUGGGGGGACGCCCCGUGGUCCUGUCCAUUAUGAGCUGAAGGAGCGAGAACUCAGGCUGGCCUGUGGCUGGGCAGAAGUAGAGCUGGGGUUAGCACCCAGCGUGUGACUCAGAUCCGAGCUGGUGCUGCUUGUGCUGCUGGAGGUCACAACCCCAGAGGGAGCUGGGCUCUUGGUCCCUGACACCCUCCUUCGAGGUCUAGGACAGCUGGUUGACACAGGUAAGUGGUCGCCAGGUCUACUGGUUGGUGCAGUUUCCCCUCCCUUCGGCCUCUGUGUGCUGGGCUCCGGUGUGUCACGCCACACCCACUCUAAUGUCCCUUGCUGCCCAGUUCAUCAGCUUCCCUGUGUUGAGAAAAUAGACCCUCCUGGGACCUGCCAUUGUGACAUCAUUGGGGGGCAGUCUCAGCCUGAGUCUGGGGUCUGGGGGUGUCCAGGGUGACAAGGACACCCUGCUUGUUGGAGAAUUGCAGCCUCAGGCCCGGGCUAUAGCCACCACAGACAGCCCAUCACGGGCCCCAGUGAGCCCAGGGACGGGAAGAUGGUGGUGGCACUGAGGACCCCAGGCCCUGCAGGGGCAGCACAACCUCUGCGUGCCAGGCUUCUGGUCCAGAGCCGCCACCAGGCUGUCCUCCCCACAGGAACGCGUCCACAGCCGUGUACGCCUGCUGCAACCCCGCCCAGGAGACGUACUUCCAGCAGCUGGCGGCCGCAGCUCGGGGGUCCGGCUUCCCGAACCCCCAGGACGGCGCCUUCAGCC